AUUUAGUUGGGUGCCGGCAAACAUUAGCGAUCAGUCGCGCGGCAAACUUCGAUAGAUCCAAUAAUCCCGCAUCGCCUGGAAAUAAAUUCCUUGAAUUUCACCACCACAAACUUUAGUCGCAUUAGAAUCGCCAGCAACUACACCCAAAACAAAAGGUUAUGGAAGUGCAAGUGGGAUGGCCAAAGUUGCUCAAAAUGGGCACCCAGCUGGUGGGCCACAAGAUUCAGCAGUUCCGGCUGGCCACAGGUCACACCGUGACAUUGGACACCAAGUACGGACAGGUUCGGGGACUCCAGCGGAAGACGGUGUACGACGAGGAACCCUACUUCGCCUUCGAGGGCAUACCGUAUGCCAAGCCACCGGUGGGCGAGCUCCGAUUCAGGGCUCCCCAGCCGGCGGAACCUUGGCAGGGAGUGCUCAACUGCACCACGUACCGAUCGAAGCCCCUGCAGAGGAACAUGCUCUUGGGGAUCGUGGAGGGCAGUGAGGAUUGCCUGCACCUAAAUGUUUAUGUGAAAACCCUGAAGUCGGAGAAGCCGCUGCCCGUCAUCGUGUGGAUAUAUGGAGGUGGCUUCCAGAAGGGCGAGGCCUCCAGGGAUAUCUACAGUCCCGAUUACUUCAUGAAGCAACCGGUGGUUUUCGUCUCCAUCAACUACAGGCUAGGAGCUCUAGGAUUCCUAAGCCUAAAGGACCCAGAGUUGGACGUUCCAGGCAACGCAGGACUGAAAGACCAAGUAAUGGCCCUCCGCUGGAUCAGCCAGAACAUUGCCCACUUCAACGGCGACCCCAACAACAUCACCUUGAUGGGGGAAAGUGCCGGGGCAGCCUCCGUCCACGUGAUGAUGACCACUGAACAAACACGCGGUCUCUUUCACAAGGCCAUCCUGCAAUCGGGCUGUGCCCUGAGCGAGUGGGCGGAGAGUCCGGAUCACAACUGGGCCUUCCGGCUGGCAAAGAACCUGGGCUACAAUGGGGAAGAAAAGGACGCCGAUGUACUUGCUUUCCUCAGUAGGAGUUCGGCGCGUAAGAUAGCGAAUAGCGACCAGGAUGUGAUCACACUGGAUGAGGUUCAUAGCUUCCUCCUUUUUGCCUUUGGGCCAGUGGUGGAGCCCUACGAAAGCGACCACUGCGUGGUUCCAAGGCGGCACAAAGAGCUGCUAGCCGAGGCCUGGGGCAAUGACUUGCCGCUCAUAUUGGGUGGAAACUCCUUCGAGGGCUUGUUCUCCUACCAACUGGUGAUAGGUGACCCCUGGGUCACCAGAAACUUCCACAACAUUCUGCCCAGGAAGGUGAGUGAAGCCAGCAGCCGGGAGGAGCAGGAUGCACUGGUUAGGCGGUUAAAAAAACACUACUUGAAGAAUGAGCUGCAGGAAAGGAUGGACACAUUUGAGGCCUUGAAUAUAUUCUCCCAUCGCCAAGUCUGGCACGAUGUGCAUCGUCUGGUUCUCGCCCGCCAAGUCUACGCCCCCAACACGCCAACCUAUUUGUACCGCUUCGACUUUGACUCCCCGCAUUUUAACCAAUUCCGGCGAUUGGUUUGUGGGAACAAGGUUCGCGGGGUGUCUCACGGCGAUGAUUUAUCAUACCUCUUUUACACUAUAUUAGCCUCAAAGCUGGAUAAAUCUUCGAUGGAAUACAUAACCAUAGAGAGGAUGGUAGGCAUGUGGACCUCGUUUGCCGCCAAUGGUAGUCCCAACUGUCCAAAAAUAGGAACUGCCAAAUGGGAGCCCAUUCGGCCAAUGGAAAGUGGCAAAGAACAGUGCUUCAAUAUCAGCCAUGAACUGGAAAUGCGUGAACUACCAGAAGCCGAGAGCAUGGCCGUGUGGGACACCCUUUACCCCAAAGAGGACCUCUUUUAGUCAUUAAAUCUAUGUCUUUCCAUUUAUUUACACGUAGUUUAAAAUUGAAAAUAAUA